GUUUUCCGCAGUGGACGAGCGUUUGCAAGAAGGGCAAAUUCCGAGAAAGGCGAGACGAGACGGGCUCGACAAUCUGAAGACAGACACGGGUGCAAGCAGCGCCUGCAAUGGGGAUUCUCAAUGCCCUGCCCACUUUCUUCAGCCAAUGGCUGGAUGCAACAAGCCUUUUUAUUUUCCUCCUGGUCUUCUUAUUGGCUGCAGACUACAUCAAGAACAGAGCGCCCAAAAAUUUCCCACCGGGUCCCUGGAGUCUCCCUUUUGUCGGCAACAUUUUCAACAUCGACCCUCUAAAGCCGCACAUCUACAUGUGUAAGUUGGCAGAGCGCUAUGGAAAUAUCUUCAGCCUGCGCCUAGGGAGAGACAAAGCCGUGGUCGUCAACGGGUUCAAGAUGGUCAAGGAGGCCUUGGUCAACCAAGGAGACAUCUUCGCCGGUCGGACGUUAACACCGGUGUUUGAAAGAAUCAACAGAGGCCAAGGUCUGUCCAUGAGCAACGGGUACAUGUGGAAGCAGCAGCGCAGGUUUGCUAUGUCCACGUUCAGGAAUUUUGGAGUCGGGAAGAAGACUUUGGAGUCCACCAUCCAGGAGGAGAGCCGAUGUUUACUAGAAGCCAUCAUGGAGAAGAAAGGGCUGCCCUUCGAUCCUCACCUGCUGCUCAACAACGCCGUCGCCAACAUAAUCAGCUCGGUGAUAUUCGGACGGAGGUUCGAGUACAGCGACACUCGAUUCCAGAAGCUGCUGGACGAGAUCUUUGAAGCCCUCUACCUGGAUGGCAGCGUGUGGGGUCAGCUCUACAACGCCUUCCCCACUGUGAUGAAGCGGCUGCCUGGGCGCCAUAACGACAUCUUCAGAAACUACAAGAAAGUGGUGGCCUUCCUGAGGCAGCAGAUUCAGACGCACAGAGACAACUGGGAGCCAUCAGAGCCACGGGACUACAUGGACAGCUACUUUGCCGAGAUCAUUAAGCGCCAGGAUGACCCUGAGGCCCAGUUUGAUGAUGAGAACUUGUGCUACUGCACUCUAGACCUGAUCAUCGCUGGCACAGAGACCUCCUCGACCACCCUGCGCUGGGCGCUGCUCUACAUGAUGAAGCACCAGCAGGUCCAGGAGAAGGUCCACGAGGAGAUAGACCGGGUGAUUGGACAGGCACGCCAGCCUUCAAUGGACGAUCGUCCCAAUAUGCCCUACACUGACGCCGUCAUUCACGAAGUGCAGAGGAUCUCAAACAUCGUCCCCUUGAACCUGCCCAGACUGACCACCAAAGACACGACCCUCGGAGGCUACUUCAUUCCAGAGGGCACGCAGAUCAUCCCAAACCUGACCUCCGUGUUAUUUGACAAGAAUGAAUGGGAAACGCCCGACUCGUUCAACCCACGCCACUUUCUGGAUGCCAGCGGGGCGUUUGUCAGAAAGGAAGCUUUCAUGCCAUUUUCAGCAGGUCAGAGGAUUUGCCUUGGAGAGAACCUGGCCAAGAUGGAGCUCUUCCUGUUCUUCACUUCCCUCCUUCAGAAGUUCACCUUCCACUCACCAGCCGGCGUAGAGCCCAGCUUUGGCUUUCAAGUGGGACUCACGCUGUCCCCACUGCCCUUCCAGAUCAGCGCCAGCGUGUGCUAGCCUUACAUCUGACGGACACAAGAUGAUCCCGAGGUCCAGAAAUCGCUUGGCUAAUCACUGCACUCCAUGCUGCCCCGUCCUUUCCGAAAGCUUUAAAAUGGCCACCUGCCUGCCUACUGAGGGGCUGGCAUCAGAACCCACUCGCCACCAGUGGCCCCCAUAAUGGCUCCGCUUCACUAAAUCACUCUGUCGUCCCAAGCGUCACAUAAUACACCUUGGGAACACGCUUUCCAAAUAAUUCCACGAGCCAUCGCCCCUUACCCUUUGUCCCUGUUCCUACCCUUUCAUCUCUUCCAGUCCCCCUUACACUCCAUGGCAGUGUGGACCUGGACAGCAUUGUCCAAAAGUUAAAUCCACUCGGAGCCCCUCAAGGAUAAUGACAAGGGUUUUUUUUUAAUUUGGUGCCCCUUGAUUCUAGUGACCUUCUAUGUGAAUGAACCUCCACUUACUGUCCACUAGAUGUCCUCAAGUAGGUCAUUGCCUACUCAGUGAGACAACUUGGCCACCUCAGUGCUGUCAAUGGCUUAGUGGGCUGUGCAGACCUGCACUUGGUCCCCAAGUCACCUUUGCUGUUCCAGUUGGUCCCCAAGUCACCUUUGCUGUUCCAGUUGGUCCCCAAGUCACCUUUGCUGUUCCAGUUGGUCACCCUUCACACCUUCUACUUCUACUAGUUCUUGUUUUUUUAUACUGUGCUGUCCCAGAUCUUAGUGAGCCUUUGUGUGAAGGUUAACCAUCUUAGCUGCGUUUCCUUAAUUGUCCAGUAGGUGUCCUCACAUUUCUAAUUGACUACUAAGUGAGAGAACUCGGCCGGCUCAGCCUUUGAGGAUUCUGAAGAUCUGGAACUGGCUCCUCUGAUGUCUUCUCUGUGCCACAUGGACAUGUGGGUGAACCUGGUUGCUUUUCACAGGGUCUGGUGUCACUAUGUCUUGUGUCCCUAGAUUGUAGUGACCUUCUAGGUAAAGCGUUUCUUAGAUUUUCUUCCACUUGCUAUCCAGUAGUUGUCUUCAAACAUUUCAUUAAGUAAGAAAACUCAUCCAAGCUUAACUGUGCCAAUGGCUUUAAGAACUGUGAGGACCUGCACGUGGUCCUAAUGUCAACUUUGCUGGAACAGCUGGCCAUGUCCUUAGCCUGUGGAUGACCCUGGUCUCUCUUCUGAGCUGGUGUUCCAGAUCCUCGUGACCCUUAGUGUGAAGGUUACCCAUCUUGGCUCCAUUCUCUUUACUGUCCACUAGGGGUCCUCAAGUUUAUAAUUCACUCUUAAGUGAGGAGACUCUGCAUACUCCACUUUAUCAAGGGCUUUGUGGACAGUGAAUUCCUGGACUUGGCCCCCAUGAUGUCUUCUCUAUACCAUUGGGUGAAUUGGGUUGCUUCUUGCAGCUUUUAGUGUCAAUCUGUUCUGUGUUCCCAGAUUCUAGUGUCUUCUACAUGAAGGCUUUCCAUCUUGGAUGUUCUUCCACUUGCCGUUCACUAGGUGUCGUCAAAUACAUCAUUUAUUCUUCUUCUUUUGGCAGCUUCCAUUAGGAGUCACCACAGUGGAUCAUCUUCUUCAAUAUCUUUCUGUCCU